CUUCUCUUUACCUGUUUUCAGUGGGCAGUUUGCAAUAGUGAAAAAAUGCACCGAGAAAAGCACGGGAGUGGAGUACGCAGCAAAAUUCAUCAAAAAACGACGCUCCAGGUCCAGCCGGCGAGGAGUGAGCCGUGAAGACAUUGAGCGAGAGGUCAACAUCUUGAAGGAGAUACAGCAUCCAAAUAUAAUCACCUUGCAUGACGUUUAUGAGAAUAAAACAGAUGUCAUUCUCAUUCUUGAACUGGUAUCUGGAGGUGAGCUGUUUGACUUUCUGGCUGAGAAAGAGUCCUUGACCGAGGAGGAAGCCACUGAAUUCCUGAAGCAGAUCCUCAGUGGAGUCCAGUACCUUCAUUCCAAGUGCAUCGCCCACUUUGAUCUCAAGCCUGAAAACAUCAUGCUACUGGAUAAAGAUUCUGCCAGUCCACGGAUUAAACUCAUUGACUUCGGCCUGGCUCAUCAAAUAGAUUUUGGGAAUGAAUUCAAAAACAUCUUUGGAACUCCAGAGUUUGUAGCUCCAGAAAUUGUGAACUAUGAACCUCUCGGGCUGGAGGCUGAUAUGUGGAGUAUUGGUGUCAUAACCUACAUUCUUUUGAGUGGUGCCUCACCUUUCCUGGAUGAGACUAAGCAAGAAACCUUGGCCAAUGUUUCAGCUGUGAACUAUAGUUUUGAUGAGGAGUUUUUCAGGAACACCAGCGGGCUGGCGAAGGACUUCAUCCGGAAACUCCUUGUGAAAGAUCCUAAAAGACGAAUGACUAUUCAAGAUAGUUUCCACCAUCCAUGGAUCAAGCCAAAGGACACUCAGCAAGCUCUCAGCAGAAAAGCCUCCGCUGUGAACAUGGAGAAGUUCAAGAAAUUUGCAGCCCGCAAGAAAUGGAAGCAAUCAGUACGUUUAAUAUCUCUGUGCCAACGACUAUCGAGAUCAUUCCUUUCCCGAAGUAACAUGAGCGUUGCCAGGAGUGAGGACACUUUGGAUGAAGAAGAUUCUUUUGUAAUGAAGGCGAUUAUUCACGCCAUCAAUGACGACAAUGUUCCUGGUUUACAACAUCUCCUCGGAUCCCUUGCCAAUUACGACAUAAACCAAGUUAACAAGCAUGGCACCCCCCCCUUGUUGGUUGCAGCCGGUUGUGGAAACAUCCAGAUUCUUAACUUGCUUAUCAAGAAGGGAGCAAGGAUCAACUUACAAGACAAGUCUGGCUCAAAUGCAGUUUAUUGGGCAGCAAGGCAUGGCCACACAGAGACCUUGAAGUUCUUGCAUGAGAAAGAAUGUCCUCUGAAUGUGCAAGACAAGUCCGGAGAGACAGCCCUGCACGUAGCAGCCCGCUACGGCAAUAUGGAAGUGGUGCAGUAUCUCUGCACCAUCGGAGCCAAUCCAAACCUUCAAGACAGGGACCAAGAAACCCCUUUGCACUGUGCGGCGUGGCACGGCUAUUACACCGUAGCCAAAGUGCUUUGUGAAACCGGCUGCAACAUUUAUGUUAAAAACAAGGAAGGAGAGGCUCCCCUCCUGAGUGCAGCGGCCAGAGGUUAUGUGGACAUCGUGGAAUGUUUGAUGGAACACGGUGCCAACAUGGAUGACGUCGACACGGACGGUCACACAGCCCUGCAUCUAGCAGUUCGGAGGUGUCAAAUCGAUGUAGUGAGGUACCUUCUAAGUCAAGGAUGCUUCAUGGAUGCACAAGAUCGACUGGGAAAUACUGCUCUCCACGUGGCUUGCAAAGAUGGCAACAUGGCUAUUGUUAUGGCUCUCUGUGAUGCUAAUUGCAGCCUUGAUGUGCCUAAUAAGUAUGGACGAACACCUUUACACCUUGCUGCUAAUAUCGGGAGCCUUGAUGUCAUCCGCCACCUCUGCCUUGCUGGUGCUAUUGUGGAAGCUGUUAGUUUAGAUGGGAGAACGGCAGAAGAUCUCGCCAGAACCGAGCAGCACGAACAGGUUGCCAACCUACUUGCCAGGCUUAAAAAGGAUACGCACAGAGGAAUCUUCAUUCAGCAGCUCAGGCCGACUCAGAACUCCCAGCUCCGAAUAAAACUCAAGCUGUUCGGACACACAGGGUCAGGGAAGACCACACUCAUCGAAUCUCUCAAGUGCGGGCUACUGCGAAGCUUCUUCAAGAGACGCAGGCCUCGUCUCUCAUCCACCAACUCGACUCGCUAUCCACCCUCCCCUUCAUCGUCAAAACCAUCAGUUUCAGUGAGUAUUACGAAUUUGUACCCUGGCUGUGAGAACGUCAGUGUGAGGUGCCGGAGCAUGAUGUUCGAACCGAGCCUCACCAAAGGCAUGCUGGAAGCAUUCGUUUCACCCUCUCACAAUAACCACUCUACCAUUGAUGAUCAGUCCACCAAAGCUGUCGACAUCCAACAUGCCAACGUGAACGGAGUUGGUGAUUUCAACAUCUGGGAGUUCUCUGGCAAUCCAGUCUACUACUGCUGUUAUGAUUACUUUGCUGUGAAUGAUCCCACUGCUGUCCACAUGGUGCUGUUCAGUCUCGAGGAACCGUACGAAACGCAACUGAAUCAAGUGACCUUUUGGCUCAAUUUCCUGAAAUCUCUGAUCCCGGCUGGGGAACCCAUAGCCUUCGGUGGGAAGCUGAAGAAUCCUUUGCAGGUGGUUCUUGUUGCCACACAUGCAGACAUUGUGAACUGCCCUCGAACCUUUGGAGGGGAGUUUGCAUACGACAAAGAUCUCUCACUUCUGAAGGAAAUCCGCAGUCGGUUUGGAAACGACAUGCAUAUCUCUGACCGACUGUUCGUGCUGGACGUGGGGGCGUCCGGAUCCAAAGAUAUGAAGCUACUACGGACUUACCUGCUGGAAUUAAGAUAUUGGAUUAUUUCCGCUUGUCCACCCAUGACGUUCCUUUGUGAGAAAAUCAUCUCCAUUCUGCCUUCCUGGAGGAAACGGAAUGGGCCAAACCAGUUCAUGUCGUGGCAGCAGUUUGUUUACGACGUGCAGGACCGAAUCAACCCCUUGGUGAGCGAGGAAGAUCUGAGGGAGUUGGCGCAGCAGCUGCACAGCAUGGGAGAGAUCAAUAUUUUACAAAGUGAAACAAUCCAAGAUGUGGUGUUGCUGGAUCCUCGGUGGCUGUGCACCUACGUGCUGGGAAGGCUUCUGUCCAAUGAAAAUCAAAAGGCUUUGCACCACUACAGAGGCCGAUACACAAUCGAUGACAUCCAGCACCUGGUGUUGGAAAACGAUGUGGAGGAGCUAUUACAGAUUCUGGAUGCCAUGGAUAUCUGUGCUCGGGAUCUGACCAGUGGUUCAAUGGUUGAUAUCCCUGCUUUAAUUAAAGUGGACAGUCUACACCGCUCCUGGACUGAAGAAGAGGAUGAAAUGUUGGUUUACGGAGGAGUCCGGUUUGUUCCCGUUGAAUAUCAUACCCCAUUCCCUUGUGGUAUUUUCCACAAAGUCCAGGUGAACCUUUGUCGGUGGAUACAUCAGCAGAACUCUGAGGGAGAGAUGGAUAUAAGGUUAUGGACGAACGGAUCAAAAAUAUCCAACAAAGGGACCGAAGUCUUAGUGUUGCUGGUCAACCACGGACAAGGUGUGGAGGUACAAGUCAGAGGGCCAGAGGUCGAAAAAAUAAGGUGUUAUAUGUUUCUGGAUUCUAUUUGUAGCGUGAUAGAUAAUCUGAUGGCGACUACCUUGCCUGGACUUCUGGCUGUGAAGCAUUACUUGAGCCCCCAACAGCUCAGGGAACGCAGUGAACCUAUUAUGGUUUACCAGCCCAGAGACUUCUUUCGUGCUCAAGUGCACAGAGAGACAUCUUUGACCAAUGCUAUGGGUGGCUACAAAGAGAGUUUCAGCAGUAUCCUCUGCUUUGGUUGCCAUGAUAUCUACUCCCAGGGAAGUCUAGGUAUGGAUAUCCCUGUGUCAGAACUGAACAAUCUUGCCAGACGAAAACUUAUCCGCCUUCUUGACCCACCGGAUCCUAUGGGUAAGGACUGGUGCCUACUGGCUACUAAUUUAGGCCUUGUUGAUCUUGUUGCAAAGCUCAAUGUGCAGAAUGGGACUUCAAGAGAAGGUAAACUUCCUGCGAGUCCGAUGGAUACUCUUUUAAAUGAAUGGGCAGCUUUACCAGAGAGUAAUGUUGGACUUUUAAUGUCAAAACUGAGGGGUCUCGGUCGUCGAGAUGCUGCAGAUUUUCUUUUAAAGGCCUCGGCCAUUUUCAAAGUUAACUUAGAUACCAAUGGACAUGAAACCUACGCAUCUAUUUGCAAUGGAGGAACAUCUUACAAUUCAAUCAGCUCCGUAGUUUCGAGGUAAAAAGAAUGAAUCCUGUUAAAGUUGGUUAAAGAGGUGCAAUGUUACUUGUGUUCCCUCUGUCUCUCGACAGGGAGGCAAUACUCGAAUUUUAUGCUGUGAACCUUUCUACUUGCAAGUGAUGAUCUACACUUCUUCAGUACUUAACAAUAUAAAUGUUUUAUCACAUUGGUACAUUCUGCAAAGUUCAGUGUAGUUUGAAUAAAAGUUGCAAUUAUAGAAUUGAAACUGUUUUUACAAAGUGCAUCUGCUUACACAAGAACUGUCCCCGUGUAGAAGCCUGUGGAGAGGUUUUUGUUUUGGACUGCAAGGGAAUCUCUCCUUUCUGUCUGUGUGUAGUUGUGGACAAGAGUUUCAGGAGAUGCUCUCUGCAGGAAAGUGAAUUUUUUUAUAUACAGUAUUUACCUACAUUUUUCCAUCAUCUGACGACCCAUUUAUCUUUUUAAGACUUUCUAUAGUUAAAGGUUGUGGGGGAAAAGGCAAAUGUGCUGAUUGAUAAUAAAAUGUGUAAAUGUCAACAACCAAAUGUGAGUGCCUUUUCAGGAAAGGUUUCCUGAUGUAAGUAGACCAAUACUUGUUAAACCUUUUACCUAGGAAUCUUCUACCUCCCCAUUACUCUUCUCUGAGUAACAUUAUACCAUAUAAAGCAUUUGUACAUUUUGUUUUGUAUCGGCUAAAUUUUUCCAUUUCAGUCAAAUUGUCCUGAUAAUGAAGUGGUGUACCCACAGCUUAAAAGGGAACAAGAUAAUGUGGUAGUUUCAUGUGCAUUGACAAUAAAAGUGAUGUAUAUUAAAAUUUAACUAUUGGAAAAUUUUCCAUGUUUGAUCUAUUUAUAUUUGCUCUUAUGGGGGGAAAAAUGCAUGUAAUUUUAAUGUUGCAAGUUGUACACUUGGAAACUUUUUAGUGUAGUGGAAUAAACAUGAAGCGUUUUUAAUAAAGUUUACUUA